ACGUCAUGCUCGAUAAUAUGGUUUUUAUAUAUCACGAACAGAUUUCCUUGACCCGAAACUACGGUGCCGCCAUAACAGAUCCAGGUGCCAGAGGACGUUAGGUGGGUCAAGGUUCUGCUUUUCCGCCACCGAAACCCUUAUUCCUUCUCUGGUUUUCCAACUUGUCUCCGUCGUCUUCGUCUCCUUCCUCCUUCUGGCCAUCGACGCUUGUCGGCGCAUCUUUGACGCAGGUUCUGAAAUCAUGUUGCAAGGUCAAGCAGAUCUUUGCAAGAAGGCAUCAAAGUUGGAGUUAAAGGAAUUGAAGGAGAGCAAAUUUUAUGCUGCUUUUAUGUCUGAACUUGAAGCUUUACUUCUUGAUGUUUAUUGCAGCCUGCUUCCAACUGCAGGCGAAUAUGAAAAAAGAAAGCAAUUGAUCCUUGCAUAUACCAUGGUUGUGAGGAGUAUUUUUGGUAAUACGGGUGGAUUUCCUGUUGUGGAAGCAUUUGGCUCCUUUCUAAUGGACAUGUUCACUACUAAAAGUGAUCUCGACCUAUCCAUCAACUUCACUAAUAGCAAUGCAGCACACUUCCCUCGUGAUCAUGCCAUUUUUGUUCUUCGAAGACUUGCCAAAGUUUUAUAUAAAAAACAAAGGAAAGGUGAUCUUUCUGGUGUCUUCCCAGUUCUGCAAGCUAGAGUGCCAGUUCUAAAAGCUGUAGAUUGUAGGACCGGUAUUGAAUGUGAUAUAUCCGUAGAAAACAAAGAUGGAAUUUCAAGAUCAUUAUUUUUCUCCAUUAUUUCUACAAUUGAUGAAAGGUUUCACAUUAUGUGUUAUUUGAUGAAGGCAUGGGCAAAAGCAAAUGACAUAAACAGUUCAAAAGAUGGCACUUUGAACUCUUUAUCCAUAAUAUCCCUUGUUGCUUUUCAUUUUCAGACUAGAGAUCCUCCCAUUCUGCCUCCAUUCUCUGCCUUACUGAGAGAUGGAACAAAUGCCACAAACUUGCGCAAUGUUGUUCUUUUGUUUAAGAACUUUGGAGUUGGAAAUAAGGAAUCUGUAGCCGAGCUAUUUGUAGCUUUGCUGGCCAAGUUAUCGUCAGUCGAAAAGCUCUGGGAACUAGGUCUGUGUGCCAGCAUUUUUGAAGGUUCGUGGAUAUCAAAGACGUGGGGUGGUUCGAAAGUUGGCAAUAUGAGUAUUGAGGACUUUCUCGAUCGUUCUCAAAAUUUUGCGAGAGCCGUUGGGAAAUCUGAGAUGACCAAGAUCUAUGCUUGCCUUCGAGGUUCACUCGAGCAUCUCUCUCGUUCCAUGCAAGAGCAAAUGGAAUUAUGUCUCCUCAGGCCCGUCUUGUUUGGAUCAAUCUCUUUGGAAGCUCAAAGCACACAUAUCAAAAGCAAAGCAGCCAUGAUUAUGGAGCACAAACUUCUAACUCAAUCUGUUCAGCCAAUAGUUGAUAUCAACAACACAGACAAUCAUGCUGAUUGGCAAAGAAAAACUUUUAUGGAGUCUACUCGGCUUCAUGCCAAUGCGAUCAUUACAACCAAUCGUGCCGAUGACUAUUCGGUGAGGACUCUAAAGAGGAAACUCCCUUCUAAUCAACCUGUUGAUCCUGUUGUCGACGCCAUCACUCCGAGUAAUCAUCCCAGCAUGAAUUUGAUGAAUAAUCUUGAGCGGAAAAUUCCCGGUAUCGAAUUCAGUCAGCCUCCUCAUAACAAAAAACCGGCACCUGCGAGGGCAGGACAUGCUAUAACUGCAGCAGCUUCCAGUGUUGGCUCUCAUCAGAACCUAAGCACCAUUUAUUUGCCUCCUCCUGCAAUACAUCCAGUCCAGUCUUAUGUUCCACCACAACCCAUUAAUGUAGUCGGUCUUCCACACAUGCCAUUAGACCCAUCGGGUUAUCGAGCCCGUAGUGAUCCAAGGCAUCCCAUUUAUGCUAAUAUGGGUUAUGGACCAUAUCAUAAUCCCUUGAUUUAUGGACCACAGCACGAUCCAACAGCUCAUGUUCGCCUUGCUUAUGGAUUUCAUGGGCCCCACUAUGUUCCGAAUCAAGCAUAUCCCGUGCCCACUCUGCUUAAUACUACAAGAAAUCACCAGGACUCUGUUCCUUCCAGAUGGUUUGGGUCAAACCAUUUAUAACUUGUUUUUGUUGCAGUUGUCCAAAUAGAUUUGGCCAUUUUUUUAGUGGAUAGAAUCUGCAUUUUGUGAUCAUUUUUUGGUCAUUUUGUGGUUAAUGUUACCUUAAUGAUUGAAUGUGUUGUUUGCAGAAAGAAUCUCUAUGCAAAGAUCAGCUGUAGCCAUCUUUUAAUUAGAAGGAUUGGUUAUUUAGCAUUCUGUUUAAUGUUUAUUUAUUUAUUUAUU